UACUAAAAUCAAAGUUUGACCAGGUUUUUGUGUGUUAAAUGAAGAAUCAAAUAAUCAGAUAAUUUACACUUUUUUCAAGGCAACAAAUUCUUCAUAAGGUACUGAUGUGAAUGGCCAGCUAACAUGCCUCACGUGUGCCUUUUGUACUCUGCAGAAGAUGGUCAGAGUUGGCAAAGCUAUUUCACAAAUUUAUUAAAUAAGUCCAAAUUGACACAUAUAUCGUACAAUUUGAAGGAAAGUGCUUCAGACUUAGAAAGGACGUUUACAGAAUGUCACGUGGUUGUGUUAAUAUUAACCAGUAGUUUAGUGGACUUUCUUAAAGAGUCUAGCCAUCCUAUUCAUGAUAAACUCAAUGAGCACCAAAGAGUAGCUGUGAUAUCAUGGCCUUCUUUAAAAGAAGAUCUUACCCAACUUAAAAGCGUUUUUUCUAACGCCUCUCACUGGAGAGAACUUAUAAGUGAAGGGAGUGCUGAGCAAUGUAAACAGAUUGUUGCGGACCUGGCAGGAAUGGUGGACGAACAGGAGGGAAAUAAAAAGAAAAAGAAGAGACGAAGAAGAACCACCAUCAAGGUUUUACCGGACAGGGUACAUAAGUGCAAUGAGAAAAUCGCCAUUAUCUUUCAAGAGGUACCAUCAGGAACGGUCCAGAUUAAAUUGGAGGGAGGAGAAUUUGUUGACUGCAAACGUCAGAACGAUUACACAUAUACUUUUAAAGCGCCACUGCAUGAAUUCGGUGUAACGAAGUUAACCGUGUAUGUCGAUGCCAAAGUUGCGCACCAGUGUCCAUUCACCUAUCAAACACCCUCACUAGAGGCUUUCCGAUCUAUUAGUUUCCUGGCUCAGGCAUUGGGGCUAACCAAAGAUAACAUGGAAGAACUGGACAGAAAACUGGUGGAGAUUUAUGAAUCCAGUAUUCCUGCGGAUCUCUCCCUCCACCAAGCUGCCAGCUCUCAUAUGCUCUCCAAUAGAGUGGGGCGGAGUGAUUUUGGAAUCCCUACCCUUCUGCAUUUCGCUGCUCAGUAUGGAUUGACGGAACUUUGCUGUGCUGUUCUCGAUACACCGGGAUCUCUGGCUGCUUUCCAUAUAGAGAAUAAGGACGGGUUAGAUCCAGCUCAAAUUGCCGAUAAAGAGGGAUUCCAUGAACUCGCAAAUUUUAUUAGAAUGUUUGUUGAGACGGCGGCAGUCAUAGAGGUAUCAGAUGAACUUUAUUUAUCCAUGACAGGAGAACAUUUAUACAAUAACAAGUCUGAAAUCACCAAAGAGCCCCAGGAAGACAAAGAGAAACAAGAAAAACUUCAUGCUAGUAGACCAAAGAAGAAAUUACCACCUGUUCCACGAAAGCAUAAAUCUGUGAUAUCUAAGUCUGUGAGCCAGCCUAUUAUAGAAGAAGAAACUGAAGAAUCCAAGCAAGAGAAACCUAAGCGGAAGCAGUUACCUCCCCCUCCCGGACAACUAACCAAAUCGAUGAGUGAUCAAACAUUACAUGCUUUAGAAGAAGAAUCACCACCUCGAAAACCUAGUCCUCCCCCUGUUCAACGAAAGGCUUUCAAACAACCAGAACCUACUAAAACAGAAGAGGGUAGUCGUGGGAGAGAAAUCCAACCCUCUCCAGAGGAUAAAAAGAGGUCACCCAGGAGUUUGUCACCUGCAGAAUUCAUGGGAAUGACUGGAGAGGGAUUAAAUAUGAAAAAAAGUCCCGGCAGCUUAGGGUCGUCUUCAUUAGAAGAAUUAAUUGAAAUUCAGCGUGGAGUUUCGGAGAAGGAGUUUUCUAUAGAAGAGGCAGAACAGCUUUAUGGUGCUUGGAAAGAGAGAAAUCGAAGUUUGAGGACAUCUAUCAAGGAUCGACACAGGGGACUCGAAGAGAUGAGGAACACGUAUGCAACUGUCAUCACGCAAGCUAAAAUGCAAGGGGAACGACGUUCCAUCUUUGAAAGACUAAAAAGUACCUUCGGCACCAGAAAGUCUUCCAAACCCGAAAUAGUCUUCGCCCAACCUAAUAUCAAGCACACAACUUACGAACGAGUGACAGAUUGGACUAACAGGGCGAGUACUCUUAGUUCCUCAAGUUCUGCGUCUGGUUCAUCACGUGACAGCAGGAUGAGUAUAAGCUCACAAGACAGCGUGUACAACUCCACAGAUAGUGACAGUGAGGAAGAUGAGUCCUCCCAGAGACGAGGGAAACCAACCACUGGUGAAACAUUUGUCUCACAGAGAGGCCAAAUUUAUAGAGGCCAAAUAUUCAACAAACAUUUAGAUGUGAAUAGAAGCAAAAUAUAUUCCAUGGCAAAACGAAUGUCCUACAAAGAACACUACCUCCAACAGUCUAUGUCAGUGGACAAGGAGGGCCCCCCUCCCGUUCCUCCAAGGGGUAGCAAGCCCAAAUGACGAAUUGUUCCCAUGUAAAUAAGAAAGCUUAACGAACUUUCUACAUGAAGUGUACUGAGAGUAGUAAAAACAAACUGAUAAUA